CAAAAAGAAAGAGAAAUCACACAACUUGCAAAUGAAACGAGACAUGAAAAUUAACACUUUGUUAUUGGUGAUAUUCCUCCUCGUGACAUUGAUUUUCCCAAUAGAAGGUCAUGCAAGAGACCUUCUUGAAGCCACUAGGGAGAUGCAAAGAGCAAAUUACUUCACAUUUGUAAUGUUAAUUAAAAUGUCUCCACCUAACACAAGACUUGAAGGUAAUGUUACAUUCUUAAUGCCCAAUGAUCGAAUACUUGCUAACGUGAUACUUCAGGAAGGAUUUGUUUCUGACUUUCUACUAAGACACUCCAUCCCAACACCUCUACUUUUUGACACACUGAAACAAUUUCCUAGUGGGACAAUUGUUCCUAGUUUAUUGUCAAACUGCAUGCUGAGAAUAUCUAACAAUGGUAGGAAGAAUUUUGUUGUCAACAAUGUUAAAGUUAUUAGCCCAAAUAUAUGUGUGUCUGGAUCUUCGAUUCGAUGUCAUGGUAUAGACGGGGUCUUGUCAAAAACAUGUACAUCAUGGGAUAACUAUAGUGUUCCUCUACCUCCAUCUCCAUGUCCUAAUAAUAACACAAACACUUAUUGUAAGUCAUCACCACCAAUUCCAUCUCCAUCAUUUCCUGUAAAUCCUCCUAUCGAAGACAACAUUAACCCUCCUACAUGGAUUGCACCCGACCCAACAAUUGCAAAUGUUGAACCGCAUAAAUCAGAGUCUUUUCGCUGGAUUUUUAAUGAUACAUCUAUGAUAUUUGUAGUGUGUUUGAUGUUAUCUUUUGUUUAAAUGUAUUUGCAACAUGUUCAAUGUUGUAUAAUAUUGUCAUGAUAUUUUUUGCUUAUUU